GUCUGACGCUCCUCAGCAACCAGCUCCCGGGGCUCCCGAGGGAGGAGCCCCCGAAGGGGGAGCUGUCGAAGGGGGAGCCCCCGGCGGGGGGGCCUUUCCCGCGGCUCCCCCCAAUCUGAGCAGUAACCGCCGUCUGCAGCAGACGCAGGCACAAGUGCAGGAGGUGGUUGAUAUAAUGUGUGUAAAUGUAGACAAGGUGCUGGAACGAGACCAGAAGCUGUCAGAGCUAGAUGACCGGGCAGAUGCCCUCCAGGCCGGUGCCUCAAUAUUUGAAAGCAGUGCAGCAAAACUCAAGAGGAAGUACUGGUGGAAGAACUGCAAGAUGAUGAUCAUGAUGGGAGUGAUUUGUGCCAUUGUGGUGGUGGUGAUUGCAAGUAAGUACCAAAAAGUUCAGGUUCGAAGAUGA